CACGGUCAACGCGCUGGCCGUGCGAUGGACUUCAACACGAGCAUUGACUACGCGAACGAGAUCACCAAGCUGGACCCGCAUCUUUUCAGCCCCCGACGUCUAUCUAGUCGCAUCCAGCCGUUGUACAAUGGCAGGACCAGUGUCAUCAGCCACAUUGCAAACCAAUGUGUUUACUUUUCACUCGUCGCCCAUCGCCUGCGAUUGCUUGCUUCCAGUACCCGAGUUGAAUCAUCACCCACGAAAGUCGGUAUCAUUGGCGGUGGGCGCGUUGGAGUUGAGAUCGCGAACACACUGCUUGCUGCGAAUUGGCCUGCAUGUGACCUCGCCAUAUCGUCGCGACAACCUCAUGAACCACGGUGGAUGUCAAGAGUGGACAGUCAAGUCGCUCGAUACAACGACAAUGCUAAACUCGCAGAAGAGAGCGACGUGGUCAUAUUGGCGAUGCCACCAUCACAGCUCGCCUCAGUUGGGAUCCAGAUCAAACAUGCGUUAAACCUUGGCACCAAAGCUCUGGUGAGCAUCUUGGCAGGCGUGGGCAAUGAACGAGUGAGUAAAGUUUGCGGGUCGCCGGGCACGCUACUGACACGAGUUUCAUUGCCUCAAGCGGGGAGCCCAGCUGAUAGCAACCCAUCAGACGCCGCUGCGAUGCAGUUUGCAUGUACACCCUCCGUUCGUUGGUACUUCUUUGGGCAUGACAGGCGGAAUCGUAGUGGACAAUUCGUCGGGGCUUCAUGGACUAUGCUUGGACUUGGAGCACUUUGCCAUGCAGGUUGGCAUACCGAAGGAAUCAGCAAGGGAAGUUGUCGUGGACAUUGUGUUGGGCCGCCACGGUUCCGAAGCGCAACGACGCGCACAUUUGCCGCACUGGCAUAAAAGUUGGGACGCCAUUCUGAAAUCUGCCCAAGGCAUCUUCAGUCAAGCUAUCAAUCAAAUUGAUGUGCCGCUCAUUGAAAACAAUUCAAGCGGGCAUCAUCGGCGAUGAGUCAAUUACUUGAAGUACCGGUACAUUGUAGAGUGAUUUUGCAAAUGGGAAUAUUCCAAUGCAAUUUUCCAGUGAGACAUUUCGGUGCACCCACUGAAAAUUUUACGUUAAAUAAAUUUUCAGUCAGAAAUUCGGACUGGACAAACCUCUA